UUUACUUAGCCCUUUGCCUCGAUCUUUUAAACCAUCCACAUUUUUUGAAUCACCACCAUCAACAUCUCUCUCUCUCUAUUCUCCUUCUUCUUCUUCUCUCUAUCUGAGUCCAGAAACUUUCACUUUAAUUACAAACUUGAAACUUUUGAAUAAACUCACGAGAAAGUACUGUUCUUUCUUCCUUCUUCAUUACUCUGUUUCUUGUUCUUAGUUUGUUUGAAUUUUUGUUACAAUGGCGUCUCAGAGACAUCUAAAAGAUCUUCUCGAAGAAGAUCAAGAGCCGUUUCAGCUUCAGAGUUACAUCUCAGACCGACGUUGCCAGAUCAAUCGUCCGGUAACGCAUUUACAGGUCAAGAAACGCAGACCCAUCUCUCAAAACGCUGGUGGUCUUCCCUCGCGUUUCUGCCGCAACGCUUGUUUCUUCUCUCUACGUGAAUCUCCCGACCCGAGGAAGUCUCCACUCUUUGAGCUCAAGUCUCCCAACCGUAGCCAAAACGCGAUCUUCGUCAACAUACCCGCCAGAACUGCUUCGAUACUACUAGAAGCUGCGGUUAGGAUACAGAAACAGAGUUCAGAAGGUUCUAAAACGAGAACGCGAAACGCUGCAAACGCGUUCGGGAUAUUUGGUUCAGUUUUAAAGAAGCUAACGCACCGAAAGAAACGCGAGAUCAACAACGGUAAAGACGGCGGACGCGUUUCUUCUUCGGUGAAAGACAUGUUGAGAUGGGAAUCUCCGGUUGUCCGUAAAAUUGUCACAAGAAAAUCCAAACGCAAAGAAGAAGUAGAAGAAGAAAACGUCUCCUCAAGAACGCAUAAAGCGGCGUCUGAAACGCAGUUCUCACGGAGGUCGAGUAGUAGUGGCGUUUGGUCAGAGAGUGUUACAAACGGAGAGAGAUCUUGGGACGUUGACUUCGACACGUCGAGCAGCAGAUCCAACGGUUCAGAUGAGUUCCCAAUGAUGAUGAACGGUGAAGAUUUUUCGGAAGAGAAACGUUAUUGUGAAAGCCCGUUUCAUUUUGUUCUCCAAACAAUGCCUUCAAACGGCGGUUUCAGAACGCCAAAUUUCUCAUCACCUGCGGCUUCUCCACGCCACGAUUGUCUAGAGAAAGAGAAGAAGAAAGAGAGUUAUGAAGUAGAGAAGCUAAAGAAACUAGAAAUGGAGGAGGAGGAAGAAGAAGAGGAAGAUAAAGAACAGAGCAGCCCAGUUUCAGUUUUGGACCCUCCAUUUCAGGACGAUGACGAAGACAUUCACAUGGAUGACAAUAACAUCCCUUCCAGCUUCAGAUCUGUACAAAAAGCAAAGCAUCUGCUACUACAGAAGCUUUGUAGAUUCGAGCAACUAGCUGGUUUGGAUCCCACAGAACUCGAGAAAAGAUUGUCAGAACAAGAGAGCGAUGAGGAGGAGGAGGAAGAGGAAGAAGACAUGAAAUGUCUUUACCAUUGUGAGAUUAUAACUCAGAGAGUGCUUAAAACAUACUUUGAAGACAUGAAUGAAGUUCCCCAAGGCAUAGAAGCAUUGAUCUCGGACCUUGCAGCAGAGGAAUUACAAAACGACAUUGUUUUGCUUGACGAUGAAGCUGUAGCCGACAUGGCAGCCAAAAGGGUAUGCGAGAGACUGAGGUCUUGGAGAGAUGUGGAGUCGAACACAAUUGAUAUGAUGGUCGAACAUGAUUUCAGAACAGAGAGUUUGGGGUUAUGGAGAUCAAAGAACGACGCAGAAGUUGCAGAGACGGUUAUGGAUAUCGAGUUUGAGAUUUUCGAGGAUUUGGUUGAAGAAUUAUCAGAAGACAUUGGCGGAAAUCGAUGGUAGACAUUGGGGUAGCUUCCGUCGCAAGUAAUGACAAACUAACCUGCGUUGUUUAGAUGGAUGGUGGGUGUAUGUAAAAGUUUUGGUUGAUGUGAGAGUAUUAAGAUUUUGUGUAAUCCCUUAUGCGAACUUAGAAAUUCACAGUGAAUUUCUGUAAAACUCUCGACUCAGUGUAGUUGUAGUUAACAAUUAGACCAAAUUUGAAUACAACACGUUUUUUUUUUAA